UGUCAGACUAGUUUUGAAGGACAGGGAAAACAAAUUCAUUGUUUAGGCUUUCCUGUCAAGUAGCCCAAGAACUUGUUCAAACUAUAUCUAUUUUCUGUUUCUUUAUUUCUUUAUUGGAUUGUUUUGUUUCACCAACAGCUGCCCUUAAAUGAAAGUGGCACUAUGUGGGACUUCUCAGUGGUGACAUUGGUGCUGUCCUCCUUCUUUAUUGUGUCCAUUGCACAAGGACCAAUCUGGGACAGUUCAAAUCUUCGGAGGUUAAACCAAACAGACAGGAGCAGAAAGUUGGCUUACAACAGCCUCUUCGAACCAAAGACCGCAGGCAUGACAGAGUGGACAUCCUGGUUCAACAUUGACCAUCCGGGAGGAAAUGGCGACUACGAGAGGUUAGAAGCCAUUCGCUUCUACUACCGGGAAAGGGUCUGUGCACGACCAGUAGCCAUGGAGGCUCGUACCACAGACUGGGUAACAGCAGCGGAUACAGGGGAGGUGGUACAUUCCAACCUGGAGAAGGGUUUCUGGUGCAUCAAUAAGGAGCAGCCAUAUGGACGCAGUUGUUCCAACUACCAUGUGCGAUUCCAAUGUCCACCAGUUCACUCGUUCUGGACUGAGUGGAGCACAUGGGCGCCUUGCUCUGCCACCGCCUGUAAUGAUGUUGGCAUUCAACUCCGUCAGAGGAAGUGUAUGAGCACACAACCUCUGCCUUUGCUACUUUCGCCCAUCUGUGUGGGGCCUCAUAUUGAAAGGACAGAGUGUUCGACCCCACCAUGUCGAGCCAUGUGGAGUCAAUGGGGUCCAUGGAGUGCUUGCUCUGUGACCUGUGAGAAGGGUCGCAGGACAAGAAGAAGGACCUGUCACAGAUCCACAACUAAGAUCCAGUGUGCAGGACGACCUAUAGAGGUCCAGAAGUGUGGAGAUGCAUGUCCAGUGGUGUGCAAGCGCAUUUGUCCCGGGGGAAGUCCCAGCGACGACUGCAACUACUGCAUCUGUGAGGGACAGACAUUAGACGGAGAAGUCUUCAGUGUUACAGGUGUUCCAGUGGCUGGUGCCACAGUGGCUCUGGCUAGCCAACCUAAAAUCAUCCGAGCACACACUGAUGCCAAGGGUCAGUUCAAGAUUGCUGGACUGUGUUCCAGCCCUCAGACCCAAGUGGUCAUCAGCAAGGAGAAAUUUGCUCCAGUCACUGUGCCUGUUGCCAUCAACAACACCGAGGCACUUUGGGUACAGGCUGUCUUACGGUCCUCGGAGAAGCCAUAUAUUGUUAAGCAUCCUGAAGAAAAAGUACGUUAUGAGGGACAACGUGCAACCCUUUGCUGUAGAGCAACAGGAACACCUAAACCUGACAAAUAUUACUGGUACUACAAUGGAACCUUAUUGAACCGCACAAUAUACAAGUAUGACGAAGAUUUGAUAUUGCGUGACCUGAAACCAGAGCAGUCAGGCCAAUAUCACUGCAAAGCAAGUAGUUUGACAGGCAGCAUCAAGUCUACUUCAGCCCUACUCACUGUUUUCAAAAAAGGAACACCAGCAUGCAACUCUACACCUGACACUCACCUGAUCAAACUGCCACUAGACUGCAUGCAGCCUGGAACAGACUCCAAGUUUUACAAUGCAGGUCGCUGUCCACACAACAAAUGUCCUGGGACACUGGACUUCGAUAUGCGUUGCAGAGAUGGAUCUGUUUAUUGCUGUGGGGUCAAACAAAUGAAGGCCAGAGAGAUCAACUGUGGCCGGUACGCUCUGCCUAUCAAGGUUGUGAGUGAGUGUGGCUGCCAGAACUGUGCAGAGCCCAAAGUCCUCGUCCGGGGCAGGGUGGUUGCAUCAGACAACAAUGAACCCUUGCGCUUUGGACAUAUUUACAUAGGCAAAGAGCGGAUAGGUACCACAGGAUAUCAGGGUGGCUUCACAAUUCAGGUGUCACCAGACACGCAACGACUUGUGGUAAACUUUGUGGACCCCUCUGAAAAAUUUAUUGAUUCAGUCAAGGUAUUCAUCUUUGACAAGAGAGGAGGUGCAGUCUAUCAUGAUGUAAAAGUAAUGAGAAAGCAAGAACCUAUUGACAUCAAUGCUGGAGAAACCAACACCAUUUAUCUGGGUGAAAUAAAAGACGAGGACCCUAUUGGUCAACUGGUCAUACCUCCAAACUCUUUCCACAAAAACACCGGGGAAUUGUAUGAAGGGACCGUGAAGGCCAGUGUCACAUUCCUUGACCCACGAAACAUCACCACGGCUGCUGCAGCCCCUGGUGAUCUCAACUUUGUGGACGAUGAGGGAGAAAUGCUUCCUCUGAGAACGUAUGGAAUGUUUUCAGUUGAUUUCCGAGAUGAGGCAAACCAGGAGGUUCUAGGAAAUGGAGGAGUCCAAGUUCUUCUUGAUACAGAGCAUGUCAAAAUGCAGGAGCAUAUCCCUACAAUGAAACUCUGGUCCCUCAAUCCAGACACAGGCAUUUGGGAGGAAGAAAGUAACUUUUACCCUACACAAGCUACAGUUGCUGGCAGAGGGAGGAACAAAAGAGAGGAGCGCACCUUCCUGAUAGGGAAUAUGGAAAUAAGGGAACGUAGGUUGUUCAAUCUUGACGUGCCUGAAAAUCGGCGCUGUUAUGUCAAGGUGCGGACAUACAUGAGUGACAAGUUCCUGCCCACUGAGCAACUGGAAGGAGUGGUUAUAAACUUGAUAAACCUGGAGCCAAAGCCUGGCUACUCAUCAAACCCAAGGGCUUGGGGUCGCUUCGACAGUGUGAUAACAGGACCAAAUGGUGCUUGUUUGCCAGCCUUCUGUGAUGCUCAGAGGCCUGAUGCAUACACUGCUUAUGUCACAGCUAUAAUGGGGGGCGAGGAACUGGAAGCAGCCCCCUCUUCACCAAAAAUGAACCCAAAUAUUAUUGGUGUCUCUCAGCCAUACUUGGGAAAGUUAGAUUACCAGCGCUCAGAUCAUGAUGAUCCGGCACUUAAAAAAACAGCUUUCCGAAUUAACUUAGCAAAACCAAACUCAAAUAAUUUAGAUGAAACAAAUGGACCAAUAUAUACUUACCAGAGUUUAAUUGCAUGUGAAAAUGCACCUGUUGAUGCUAACCACUUCCGCUUCUUUCGUGUCGAAAAAGAUAAAUACGAAUACAACGUGAUACCAUUUCAGGAGAGUGACCUCACUUCAUGGACUGGGGACUACCUCUCCUGGUGGCCAAAUCCACAGGAGUACAGGGCUUGCUACAUCAAAGUUAAGAUUCAUGGAGCUACAGAAGUCAUGGUAAGGUCAAGAAACCUUGGUGGCACUCAUCCUCAAACCAGAGGUCAGUUGUAUGGGAUUAGAGACAUUCGCAGCACCCGUGACUUGCACCAUUCUAACACCUCUGCUGCUUGUCUUGAGUUUAAGUGCAGCGGAAUGCUUUUUGAUCAAGGUAUGGCUGACAGAUCACUCAUUUCUGUUAUUCCACAAGGCAAUUGUCGUCGGAUAGGAAUCAACAGCCUCUUGCAAGAGUAUCUGAUAAAGCAUCCUCCUGUUGUUCAGAACAAUGAGUCUCACACCUUUAAUAUGUUAGCGCCUGUUGAUCCUCUCGGACACAACUACGGAAUAUACACUGUUACAGACCAAAACCCACGAGUUUCCAAAGAGAUCGCCAUUGGCCGCUGCUUUGAUGGUACCUCAGAUGGCUUCUCCAGGGAGAUGAAGUCAGAUUCUGGAGUGGCACUGACUUUCACUUGCCCCAAACGAACAGUGAAUCGUGAGAGUUUAUUCCAACGCCUGCAAACAAAUCCUGGUCUAACACUAACACAGAUGGCUCGAGAGAUGAGGGAGUCCCAGGGACUGCAAGUCAGAAGAGGGUCAACUCAAAUGGUGGCCUAUCCCUUUGGCCAACAGGGCAGGAGCCAGAACCGCAGACCCACGAAUACUAACAGAAGAAGACCUGCUACUAGGACCCAACGAAGACAGUAGAUCUUCCUUUAGGUCUUUGGGGUUGAAGAGAAUUAAGAAAAUUGACUCACAAAACCUGCCAUGGGAAUCAAAAAUUUAACUGAUCGAAAUCUUUACCUGAUUUAUCUGAAAACAUUUAAACUCCUGCUUUUUGUGUAUGGAGAACUGUCCUAUUCAAAGUUUACUUAAUUAAAUAAGAAAUUUGUGUAUGGUUUGGGUAAAUACUUGACAUGCCUCAUCCAAGAAGAUGUUAUUUAUUUUGAUAUCAAAACUCACUUCCUUUAUGUGCAGCUAAACAAGCCAAAUAUGUCUUUAACUAUUGACAAAUUCUUCUAAAUUGACCAUUGUCUUCCACUGAUAUUAGAAAACGUGAUUGAGAAAAGUCUGUGUGGGUUGAGAUCAGAUCUGAUAACUGCUAAUUUCUGCUUUUGUCAAUGACACAUGUACGUGAGAGAACUCUGCUAGAUGCAAUGAACCAGACUCAAGGCAGGACAGAUGCCCUUUCAGUCUCAACCAACUUUUUACACAGUUCUAUUCCUGUUGUGAUUUAGCCAGUCACUGGUCUGCCAAAGCACAACUGACCCCAGCCAAGAAUAGCAUCCCUUAACAGAACAGAUCGUCAAGGUAGACUAAACAAACCUGUGGUAAGACGUUAACAAAAAUUAUACAAUGGCCCUUAACUUCAAGCACAGCAUGGCCAAUUCAUUUCUGCAAUCUUUAUAACAGUUAUGGCUGGCCUAAUUAUAAGUUUUGUUUUGAUUUGAAAUUUAAUGUAUACAUCACAGUGAUUGAUGUCUCGUUAUUAGGGUAAAUUAAUUGUAUAAUGUUUCUUGUGGGUCUUUGUCUGUCUCUUAAUGUGCAAUAUCAUGUUCCAAUAAUGACUUGAGAGCCCUAACUAAAAUAUCCUAUGUUAUGAGCCAAUCAACCAUAGGUCUGUAAAAAAUGUUGUUCAAAUAAUACCCCUUGGUAAACAGCACCUAAGCACAUAGCGCUAAGAAAUAUGGGCAUCUUGCUAUGCAAAAGACACAUAGGAAAAGCGGCAAAAGCAACCUUGAUGCAUAUUUUGCCAGCUGACAAUGCAACAUAAAUCAGUUGCAGUAUUUUAACUCUUUCCAGAAAUAACUACGGACAACAAUUAUAUAAAAAAAACUUUGUGUCAUAGGUAGCAUUGCUAAUAGGAUUUCAUUAUGGUAAUUUGUCCCCACACUAUGCUUUGAUUUGUCUAAUCCUUUAUGCUUUUAACCAACACAGGCUAGUGAAGAAUUUUAAAGCAGCAAGUUAAUUGGGUUUAAGGAUUAGACCGCAUGUUUUAAUAGAUACAAUUUUAUUGUCUUUGUAUCAAGAGAUUUACACCUGGCCCAAUGUGGGUAAAAUAUAAACAACAUUAUGGAAUAAAAAUGUAAAUCUUCAAAGAAACAUUAACUUAUUACAACAACCCAUGAAGAAACGAUGUUGAUUCAUCUGAAUAAUCCUGAAUAUAUUAAUUAAUGUACCAGUGAGAAUGUAUUGAAGAAACCAAGAGUGUCUUUAAGAAAAUAAUGCCAUGUAGUGUUUACACAAAAUACAGUUGCAAAAUUCCAGUUGAGUGUAAUUUGCAAAGAAAAGUUGCUAAAUCUCCUAACACCUGACAUUAGGGACUGAAGAUAGUACAAUAUGUACUGUAAGUGUGUUAAGAUUUGUCAUAAACAGCAGAACCUAUUUUCUAUUAGUCGUGAGGCGUAGAAGAAACCAGAGAUCAGGUAACUCUCAUCACCAUUAUUUCGUUUGACAAAAGUUAAGCAUAUUGUGACAUGCAAAGCAUAAGCUUGAAAAUCAUGUUAAAAUCAUGUUUGUUAUCCCAGACCAUCUCACUUCCAAGUGAUGCUGAGUCAUACAUUUGUAACUUGAAGAACUUUAUCUAAACCUUUGUAAUUUUGUAACACAUCUAGUUAAAUCAACCUUUGGUCUUUCAUUGUCUAUGCUGUUCCAUCAUAUUUUCAGAGGCAAGGUAGGAAACAGGGAUGAAUAUGGUGCUAAAAAUGUGUUGGCCUCCAGUUAGCUUCUGUCCUCUCUUCAACUGUCUGGUUGGUCUCAGGGAGACUAUAACUUUUCCAGGAAUAUCCUCUGGUGCAAUGUGCAUUGAUAUCUCUACCAUUGUCUUUGCUACGAAACGAGAGUUGAAUGGCUGCAGUUGUGCUCUUGGACUCUUCAUGCUUGCAUCUUGAAUGCAUUACAUAAAUCAAUUCCUGAUAAAUCCAUGCAAAUAAUAAUGUAACUUGUAUUGCAUGAAAUUGCCCAUCUUGCAAACUCUAAAGUCAGUUUUAUGUGUAAAUUGUGGAUUAAAAUGUUUUGCCAGAAUGUAAAUAAAGAUCUCUUGU